GAGGAGAGUAUUCCCUCCUCACUGUCAUGGCCUAUGACCGCUACGUUGCCAUCUGCAAGCCCCUGCACUACGGGAGCCUCCUGGGCAGCAGAGCUUGUGCCCAGAUGGCAGCAGCUGCCUGGGGCAGUGGCUUUCUCAAUGCUGUCCUGCACACAGCCAAUACAUUUUCCCUGCCCCUCUGCCAAGGCAAUGCUGUGGACCAGUUCUUCUGUGAAAUUCCCCAGAUCCUUAAGCUCUCUUGUUCACAUGUCUACGUCAGGGAAGCUGGACUAGUCGUCUUUGGUCUUUCUUUCACAUCUGGGUGUUUUGUUUUCAUUGUGGUGUCCUAUGUGCAAAUCUUCAAGGUCGUGCUGAGGAUGCCCUCUGAGCAGGGCCGGCACAAAGCCUUUUCCACGUGCCUCCCUCACCUGGCCGUGGUCUUCCUCUUGGUGAGCACUGGCACGUUUUCCUACCUGAAGCCACCCUCUAUCUCCUCGCCAUCCAUGGACCUGCUGGUGUCAUUUCUGUACUCGGUGGUGCCUCCAGCAGUGAACCCCCUCAUCUAUAGCAUGAGGAACCAGGAACUGAAGAAUGCACUAAGGAAAUUAUUUGCUUAUAUGCUUCUUAAGCAUCG